UCUAACAUAAAUUCUAGUCUCUCUAUAGAACAUGUGGUUAUCAUAUAUUUACACAGCAUUGGCUAUAAAAAUUUGUUUGUUUCUCUUCUCGUUGAGCUUCGACAAUAACGAAGAAGAUGCUAAAGAUCUGUUUGAUUUAUAUAUUAAAAAGUUCCAUAAACCAUAUAUACCCGAUACUCCCGAAUAUUCCGAACGUUUAGCGAUUUUUAAGGAAAGUUUAAGACGAAUUCAUUCUUUAAACCAAAAUAGAAGUCAUCCAGAUGAUGCGUGGUGGGGAUUAAAUGAAUAUUCAGAUUUGACUCCAGAAGAGUUUAGGCAAUUGAUGAACAAGAAAGAAAUUGAAAGAAAAAAUAAAAAUCAUAAACAUGUUCUUAGAAGAUCAGCAGAGGCAAUUAACUUUAAAAAUAUAACGAAACUUCCCAAAUUCGUUGAUUGGAGGAAACGUGGGAUUGUAACUCCAGUGAAAAGUCAGAAGGAAUGUGGUGCAUGUUGGGCAUUUAGUACUGUAGAAACAUUAGAGAGUAUGAAUGCUUUAAAGAUGGGUGAACUUGUAGAAUUGAGUGUGCAGCAAGUAAUAGACUGUGCAACUGGAACAAACCGUGGUUGUGAUGGUGGUGAUACAUGUGAGGCCUUAGACUGGAUGUAUGAGAAUAAAGUGAAAAUUUUAACUGAGAAACAAUAUCCUUUAACUGACAAAGAGGACAACUGUAAAGCCAUAAGGCCAAAAGAAGGAGUGGAAUUAAAAUUUAAUUAUACUUGUGAAGAUUUAAAAGGAUCAGAAGAAGAAAUGCUAAAAUUACUGGCAUUUCAUGGCCCUUUGGUUGCUAGUGUUGAUUCCACAACAUGGCAGGAUUAUCUUGGUGGAAUUAUUCAAUAUCAUUGUGAAGAUAAUAAUAAUCAUGCUGUUCAAAUAGUCGGUUAUGAUUUAACUGGUGAUAUUCCUUAUUACAUUGUUCGUAAUUCUUGGGGUACAGAAUUUGGUGUCAAUGGUUACUUGAAAAUUGCAAUUGGAAAAAAUUUAUGUGGUAUUGCACUAGAAGUGUCAGCAUUGGAUGUUGUAUGAAGCUAAAAUUAUAUUUACAUUAAAGAAUUUUUGUUGUAAAUUUUUUGUAUACCAGUAAUUAAUAUUUAAAGGAAUUCAAAGCUUUACAUCAACCAUUAAAUAAUUAGAAUAUCUUAAUUUUUAAAUUGAAAACGUUUUAAAUUACUAACAAAAUAUCUAAAAAAAGUUAACUAUUGAACUUUUUAAAAAAUAGGGAUAGAUUGAUUUUUAAAUUUUUUAUUGGAACAAUUAUUAAUAUAUAAAAACAUAUUCUAGUGUAUAUGAAGUGUAUAUUUCUCCAUUUAAUUUAACACAUUCACUGCCAGUUGACAUAAUUCAGCAUCAUGUGACCACAUGAUGCAAAAUCGCAUCAACUGGCAACAAAUGUGUUAAUACAUCUUACAUAAUAUAGCAUAAUGUAAUCAAUAUUUAAAAAUAUAAAAUGAAUCUCUUUUGAAUUUUAGAAUUAAUUAUACUUAAUAUUAACUGAAAUUUUUUAUAUUAUUGAUGUAUUUUGAUAUCAAGAGAUGGUUAAGAAUA